CGCCGAGCAGCGCCCAAGCCCACUAAACCCUUCGGCCUUUGCCCACCAUGCCGGUUCUCGGCUCCCCGUUCGCCCGCGGCGACCUCCCCGCCGGCGACGUCGACCCCGACUACCUCUACUUCCUCCAGCACAUCCGCGUCGACGGCGACUCUUACGUCCUCGAGCUCCCGGCCAACGGCUCCUCCCCGCCCUCGGUCCUCAGGUACGAGGCCCCGCUCGGCAGCUCCUCCGACGGCGAGUGCGUCUCCGACCCCUCCCCGGGCCGGCUCAGCACCAACGGCCGCGCUGAGGAGAGGGACUCGUCGGCGUCCUUGGAGGUGAGGCCCGCGUGGUACGAUUCUCUCGAUGACGUCGACGAGGACUACCGCCUCUUCCUGCAGCACACGCGCCUGGUGGAUGGCCAAUUGGUUCUCGAGAUCGGGGGCGUCGUCAUCAACUACGAUCAGCCGGUUGUGGAGGGACCUCAGAGGGAGAAGGUUACGCAGCGGGUGGUAGAGCCGGCCGUUCCUUCACCAGGGAAAGGGGUCAGUCUUGGCGCGGGGAGCGAUGAGGUUGGCUCUGGUGCUCCGGCAACAGCUGUUCCGGAGCAGUACGCGUGCGAUUGGCGUGCGGAUCCAUCACCAGGGCGUGAGGUGAAGAAGGAGAAGGAUGGCGGAGAUGAGGGCCUGUCGGAUGCAGCGGAUGUAGGUACGAUGAAGGGCGUGUAUUGGGUGGCGAGCUCAAGCGACGGCCGUCGUGGCGGACGCCGUACAAGUUCGGGGGGAAAGGUAGAACAGGAACUAGGUAUUGUAUGGCCAACACAUAUCACUCGGAGGCCAGAUUCAGAUUUCAAGUGUAGGUUGAUUGAGGCCCUUACACAGCCAGUUGCUCAGAAAGAGUAUUAUAGAUUGUUUGACAUGGUUACUCUCCGUACUCCGUUAAUGAAGCUACGGCAGGUCCGCAAUGAAACAAAAUUCUAUCCUACAGAAGAAAUGGGCAGUUCAUAUUUGGACCACUACCCAGAUCUCGCUGAACAAAUUAUGAACAAUGGUCGUCGCAAUGGUCUAGCUCUGAUGCGUGGGUUUCUGUUCUGGUUGCAGAACAAUGCUCAUGACGAUCAGUUCAAGCCAUGGGUCGAUGAUUCCAAAGAUCAAGAGGUUAUUCCUGUGAUGGACUGAGCUCGCACCGACUAUGUGGCUAUACCUUAGGGUCUAUGGAGAUAAUAACUCUGCGAUUGUGACCAAUGGUCCUCAGCAGAGAGUGCGCGGCCUUGUACAACUGAGGCCUCGAUUCUGGAAUACCAUGUUCACUCUUGGUAUAGCAAAUGCAUGUAUCGUUUCAGAUAGCGGGAUAAUUAGAGGUAUUAAAUAAAGUCAGUUUACAAAACUAACUCCACAACUCUUGUACUAUUUCGCGAGACGAAUCUAAUGAGGCAUUUGACUGCAUGAUUAGAGGAUGGUUACUGUAGCAUUACUGUAGCUAAUCAUGGAUUAAUUAUCGCCAUUAGAUUCGUCGUGCAAAGUUACACUCAUAUGUGAAGAGGUUUUGCAAAUA